AUGGAGAAGGCAAAUGAACAGCGUGAUCUUGCCAUGAAUGCAUUCAAUGAAGGAAGCUAUGAGAAAGCCGUGGAGCACUACACGAAUGCCAUCGAACUGAAUCCAGGAUCAGCCAUUCUACAUGCUAAACGAGCAAAGCUUUUGGGCAAUUUUCUGGACGCGCAUCGCGAUCUCGCGAUGGCAUGCAAACUGGAUUAUGAUGAUACAGCGAACUGUUGGCUCAAGGAGGUCGAACCGAAUGUAUGUUUUUUAUGA